UCCAGACAAAGUUCUCUCAUCAACAAGAUCACUCAGCAACCAUGAGGUCUCUGGUGUUUGUUCUGCUCAUUGGAGCUGCUUUUGCCUUGGAGGACGACAAGAUCGUCGGAGGGUAUGAGUGCACACCCUACUCUCAGCCUCAUCAGGUGUCUCUGAACUCCGGCUACCACUUCUGCGGUGGCUCCCUGGUCAACGAGUUCUGGGUUGUGUCUGCUGCUCACUGCUACAAGUCCCGUGUUGAAGUGCGUCUGGGAGAGCACCACAUCGGCAUCACUGAGGGAACCGAGCAGUUCAUCAGCUCCGCUUCUGUCAUCCGUCACCCCGGUUACGAUAGCUACACCAUUGACAAUGACAUCAUGCUGAUCAAGCUCAGCAGGGCCGCCACCCUCAACCAGUACGUGCAGCCUGUGUCUCUGCCCAGUAGCUGUGCUCCUGCUGGUACCAUGUGCAAAGUUUCUGGCUGGGGCAACACCAUGAGCUCCACUGCUGACAAGAACAAGCUGCAGUGUCUGGAGAUCCCCAUCCUGUCUGACAGGGAUUGUAACAACUCCUACCCUGGAAUGAUCACCGAUGCCAUGUUCUGUGCCGGAUACCUGGAGGGAGGCAAGGACUCCUGCCAGGGUGAUUCUGGUGGCCCUGUUGUGUGCAAUGGUCAGCUGCAGGGAGUUGUUUCCUGGGGCUAUGGAUGUGCUGAGAGAGACCACCCUGGUGUCUACGCCAAGGUCUGCCUCUUCAAUGAUUGGCUGCAGAACACCAUGGCCAGCUAUAAACUGGAUCCUUCUAUAGCCAUCUAAUGCUGCCGUUUGUCUACCAUCAUCCUGAACAUCAUGCAGAUACUUUGACACCAAUAAAUAAAUCAUAGAACCUAA